AUGAAGUACGUCGGAUCCAUUGACCAGGGAACAACCAGCACCCGCUUCAUCAUCUUCGAUGAGCGGCAGCGCCCCGUCUCGGUGCACCAGGUUCCCCAUACCCAGCACACACCCCACCCCGGCUGGUUGGAGCAUGAUCCGAUGGAGAUUUUCCGCUCCGCAUGCAAGUGCAUGUCCGUUGCCAUCGCAAAGCUGAGGCAAAAGGACGCCUCUUUCCGCAAGAUUGAGGCGAUUGGUAUCACGAACCAACGUGAGACAACGGUGGCGUGGGAUCGCGUUACCAAGGAACCGCUGUGCUACGCCCCUGUUUGGAAUGACCUGCGCACGUACGACAUCACCAAGAAGGUGGCUGCGGAGCUCGGUGGUGGGGAUUCCAUGUUCGCAUCCAAAAUUACUGGCUUGCCUGUAAGCACGUAUUUCGCUGCGUUCAAAAUGCGGUGGAUGCUCGAGAAUGUUCCAGCUGUUGCUGACGCAUGCCGUCGUGGGACGCUUUGCUUCGGCACGAUCGACACAUGGCUCAUGUACAAGCUGAGUGGUGGCAAGGCGUUUGUGACAGACGUGACGAACGCGUCACGCACCUUCCUUAUGGAUUUGCGCACGCGGAAAUGGUCUCCUGAAUUGUGCGAGAAACUGAAGAUCCCGAUGGAAACGCUCCCCGAGAUUCGCAGUAACAGUGAACUCUUCGGAUAUGUGGAGACGGACGAAUGCGGUGUUGCAGCUGCCCUCAACGAGAGGACGCCUAUUAUGGGCAGUAUUGGUGAUCAGCAGUCCGCGCUUUUCGGAAAUAUGUGCUUCGAGAAGGGUGAGGCCAAGAACACAUACGGCACCGGCUGCUUCCUGUUGAUGAACGUGGGAGAGGAGGCCCGUUUCUCGAAGCACGGUUUACUUUCGACAGUGGGCUUCCAGGUGGGCCGCGAUGGACCAUGCUACUAUGCACUGGAAGGCGCGAUCGCGUGCGCUGGUGCUACGGUGGAGUGGAUGAGAAGGAACAUGAACCUCUUCAGUCAUAUCACAGAGUGUGAGAAGUUGGCCCGCAGUGUCCCCGGGACGCAAGGUAUUGUCUUUGUGCCCGCCUUCUCUGGACUGUUGGCGCCCUAUUGGGAUCCAUCGGCCCGUGGUACCAUCGUGGGCAUGACACUCAAGACGACUCGCGCGCACGUCAUCCGCGCUGCGCUGCAGGCCAUUGCUCUCCAGUUGAACGAUGUUGUUGGUUCGAUGAAACGUGACGCUGGGCUUAACCUGAGCUCCCUCCGUGUUGAUGGUGGGUUGUCUAAGAACGGUCUGCUCAUGGAGAUUCAAGCAAGUUUGUUGGGCGUGGACAUCUUAGUGCCAUCAAUGCAUGAGACAACUGCACUCGGUGCGGCACUGUGUGCAGGACUUGCGGCUGGUGUAUGGACUUCAUUGGAAGAAGUUAAGGCCGUGUCGCGACGCGAGAAUUCGUGGAAGACUGUCAGCCCCAGCGGCUCUGCCAUGGAGCGUGAGGCAAUGAUCGCAGAGUGGCGCGAGGCGCUCAAGAGGACGAAGUGGGCAAAGUUGUAG